GAGCAGCAGCCGCUUUUUAAACUCAGCCUGUCCCGCUGCUGCUGCUGCUGCUGCUGCUAGCCAAGCGACACAUCCGCUGCCGGUCUGUGGAGAUGCGCCCGGUUAAACUUUCUUAGAUAAAACCGGCCCUCUCAGCGCCUUCAGGGCCGAGCAUACCGGCAUGGUUUGUAAAGGAUGGAAACGGACGAAGUGUCGAUUAGAGAGCAGCUUUUCCACAACCGCGUCCGGGAGGCGAUAAUCUGUGUCCUCCUGUUUACGUGCCUGUACAUGGUGUGCUACCUGGUCCUCACACACUUCAAAAAGGCUGCGGAGUUUGUCACGGACGACAUCGAAGAUGCCACCGUCAACAAAAUUGCGCUCUGGUUGUGCACGUUCACGCUGUCUGUCGCCGCGUGCGCUGUGCUGCUUCUGCCCAUCUCCAUCCUGUCAAACGAGGUGCUGCUCACCUUCCCGCACAGCUACUACAUGCAGUGGCUCAACGGAUCCCUCAUCCACGGGUUAUGGAACGUAGUGUUUUUGUUCUCCAACCUGUCCCUCGUCUUCCUCAUGCCUUUUGCAUAUUUCUUCACUGAGUCAGAGGGAUUUGCUGGAUCCAAAAAGGGAGUAAUGGCGCGGGUUUACGAAGCUGUUGUCCUGCUGAUCCUGUUGGCGCUCCUUGUGCUGGGCAUUGUGUGGGUGGCAUCAGCCCUCCUCCAUGACAACAUCGCCAGAAAGAGCCUCUACGACCUGUGGGAGUAUUACCUGCCAUACCUGUACUCGGGGAUCUCUCUGUUCGGAGUGCUGCUGCUUUUGCUGUGCACCCCGUUUGGGUUGUCUCGAAUGUUCAGUGUUACCGGCAGCCUGCUGGUCAAACCUCGGCUCCUGGAGGACGUGGAAGACACGCUGAGCUGCACCGCGUUCGAAGAGGAUUCGCUCCGCAGGAAGCUGAAUUGUAAGCGUCCUGAAGGUGGCAGUCCAUCCUGCUGGGUGAAGCUGAACAUGGAGGCCAUGAGAAAGGAGUACCAAACAGUUCAGAGCAGACGUGUCGCCCUGGAGAUGCGGAGGAAAGCGUCGGCGUGGCAGCGCAACCUGGGCUACCCUUUGGCGAUGCUAAUGCUCCUCGCACUGACGGUGAUGUGCGUGCUGAUGGUCUGCUUCAACGUGUUGGAGCUGCUGCUGGACGACACGGCCAUGCCCCGCGGGAUGGAGGACCCUCACCUGGGACUAGCCUCCUUCUCCAUGUUCGGCUCACUGGGUGCUGCUGUUCAAGUAGUCCUCAUCCUCUACCUAAUGGUGUCCUCAGUGGUGGGCUUUUACAGCUCCCCUCUCUUCUGUGGCCUCCUGCCUCGUGCAAAAGACACUAACCUCACACAGAUCAUCGCAAACUGUGUUUCGCUGCUGAUUCUGAGCUCUGCACUGCCCGUUUUUUCACGCACACUAGGGAUCACCCGCUUCGACUUGCUGGGAGACUUCGGGCGGUACAACUGGCUGGGGAACUUCUACGUUGUGUUCCUGUACAACAUGCUGUUCGCUGGUCUCACCUCUGCCUCCCUCACAAAGACGGUCACCUGGGCGGUGCAGAGAGAGCUCAUCCGUGCCUUUGGACUCGACAGGUUGCCUUUAACCGUGUCGCGGUCCACCAUCCCGUUGAAGCUCCUCCUGGCCAGCGGGCUGUCUAAGAUCCAGUGACCUCGCUUCUCACUCCUCGCCACUGGUUGUUCUAACCUUCUUUUUUAAAAAGGCCAAGUCACUUUGAACGUGCACCAGCGAUUCAGGCCUCCUCCCGGCUGUCAGAAAAGCCCGGGGACCUCCCCUCCCCGCCUUUAAAAGCGACGGGCGAAGACGAGCCCGCCUGCUGUGCGCCCAUGUUGGCGUGCUUCGUGAACAAUGCGUCCGGAUCCGAAACUGCGCCGCUAUGAGCCAAGUCAUCGUGGGCAAGAAAAAAAAAAAGAAAUGGAGCCAUAAUGGGAGUCCUGCCUUUCUGAACAAUAAAAAGUCACCGGUAUUAUUGUGAAACUUCACGUUAAAGCUGUGUCGUUAAUCCCUCUUCCUCCGGGCAGCGCUUCCUUGGUACUCAAGCGGAUUCCUUGCAUGUUGCACAACUGUCAUAAGAUCGUGAAUCUUCGGCCUUCGGGCGUUUUGUGGGUCCGGUUCUCGACGUCUCUUUGAGAUGCAGAGACUUUGCUGUACGUCCGUCUAGAGGUUAUGCAGGGAAUUGUUCUAGUGAAUGCCGCUUUUUUUUCCCUCGGCAUAUAGUAGCAUUUCAUGAGAGGAUUUUUAAAUGGCAGUAAGCCUACUUGUGAUGAGAACUGUACUUUUUUUUUUUUUUUUUUUUUUAGGAGGAAACAAUGUCUUAACCUUUUUAAUGUAAACUGUCCUUGUGAGGAACUGCUGCCUUGACCAAUCAAACUGUGAAUCAUUACCAUCCUGUGUGGGAUUGUGCAAUAUUUCCUGCAUAUAAGCACACUUUGGAACUCUACCAAAAAGUCCUGUUAGAACCUGCUUUACCAAAUUCUUGUUUAUCUUAUACUUUUUUUUUUAUGUUUGAAUUUUUUAGAAACAUUUCUUAAUAAUAAAAAAAAAACACAAUUUGACCCUCAGGGCUUUCAGUGUUUUCCAAACCGGGGUUUUGCCUUGCUGGUGCAAAACCCCAUAAUCUCAGCAUGAUGUCACCAUCGGCUGCGUCGUCGCUGCUUUUGCUCCUGCAUCAGCAGCUUGUUUGCCGUCGGUUUCGACCAGCAGGGGUCGGUGCAUCUCAGACAGGCUUCGUUAUAGAAGACUGUCGACUUCUACCUGCUCCGUUAACGAUUAAUCUGAACUUUACGCACACGAGCCACGAAUUUUACCCACCGGUGUCGUUCGUUCUGGCUCUCAGAAACAGGAAGUGUGCAUUGUUUUCUAUUUACGGGUCUUGUGGGUUUCAUUUCGUCAUGUUUUGUGACUGUAAAUAUUUAAAGUGAUGCUGCAAGUUGAGGAAAAAAAAAAAGUCUGUUUACUUUAUAAACUUCUCUGGUGUUUCA